GCAAGUCUCACAAAAGUGUGGGCUAGAAAAGAGAUAGAAAGGUAGAGAGAGAAAGCUGUUUGGAGACGUUAUCGGAUUUCAAAUCACUUUCUGGCCGGAAUUUAAUAGUUCCGUUCACAUCCGUGCUUAGGGUUUUCAAAUUUCUUACCAAACAAGAGAGAGAAAGGAAGAAACCAGAGUCUUUUUUAUGUCAACACACUAACUUCUCGGAUUCGAAAAUCACCUUUCAGUUAUCCCCAAUUAUUUUGCAAUUCUCGUUCAAGUCCGUGAACGGGAUUCAGUACGUCAGGGUUUAGGUUUUCUUAUGAAUUCACGAUCUGUAAAAUUCGGGUGUGUUGAGGGGCAAUUGUGCCUAGUCAGAUAAUGUUUACUCCGCAGAAGAAGGUGUGGUCCGGUUGGUCGCUUACUCCAAGGACCGAGAAGAACGGCACUGGGUCAGGUUCCGACGGUCCGAAUCUGAAUUCUAUUGAUGGGACUGUUGGGAAGGGAAAGAGUGUGGCUAUUGUAGAACCAGUCACUCCGCUGAAUGGAGACGGGCCUGGCCAAGAAACGGAAUCAUUGGCCCAGAAGAUUUCAAGGCUUGAAAAUGAGCUCUUUGAAUACCAAUACAAUAUGGGGCUUCUCUUGAUUGAGAAAAAGGAGUGGUCUUCUAAGUAUGAAGAUCUCAGCCAGGCGUUUGAAGAUGCAAAGGAUGCUCUCAAACGAGAACAGGCAGCCCAUUUAAUUGCAAUAACUGAUGUUGAGAAGCGGAAAGAAAAUUUGAGGAAGGCUUUGGGUGUUGAAAAGCAGUGUGUGCUUGAUCUGGAGAAGGCUUUGCGUGAUUUGCGUUCAGAGAUUGCAGAAAUCAAGUUUACGGCUGACUCAAAGUUGGCUGAAGCAAAUGCUUUGGUAGCCAGCAUUGAAGAAAAAUCUUUGGAGGUGGAUGUAAAGUUGCGUGCUGCUGAUGCCAAGCUUGCCGAGGUGAGCAGGAAGAAUUCAGAGAUUGAAAGGAAGUCAAAAGAGGUGGAAUCUCGGGAAAGUGCUCUCCGCAUGGAGCGUUUAUCCUUCGUUGGCGAGCGAGAAGCGCAUGAGACUACUUUUUCCCAGCAGAGGGAAGACUUACGAGAAUGGGAAAGAAAAUUACAAGAGGGAGAAGAGAGGGUGGCCAAAGGUCAAAGAAUUGUUAACCAAAGAGAAGAAAGAGCAAAUGAGAAGGAUGUAAUAUUUAAGCAGAAAGAGAAGUACCUUGAAGAGGCACAAAAGAACAUUGAUGCAAUGAACUUAGCUUUGAAGAGGAAGGAAGAUGAUAUUGACAGCAGGCUAGCAAAUCUUAGUUUAAAAGAGAAGGAAUAUGAGGCUAUGAGAAAUAAUUUAGAGAUAAAAGAGGAGGAGCUACUUAAACUGGAAGAAAAGCUGAAAGCUAGAGAAAUGCUUGAAACUGAGAAGCUGCUUGAAGAACACCAAGCCAGGUUAGAUGCAAAGCAGCAGGAAUUUGAUUUAGAAAUUGAACAAAAGAGGAAAUCAGUGGAUGAUGAUCUGAAAAGCAAGGUGAUUGAAGUAGAAAAGAAGGAAAAUGAAAUCAAUCACAAGGAGGAGAAAAUUGCCAAAAGAGAGCUGGCAUUGGAUAAGAAAUUAGAGAAGUUUAAGGAGAAAGAGAAGGAUUUUGAAUCAAAAAUGAAAGCUUUGAAGGAUAGGGAGAAGACUAUCCGUUCCGAGGAGAAGAACUUGGAGACCGAGAAGAAACAACUGCUUGCUGAUAAAGAGAGUUUUCUGACUCUUAAGGCUGAACUUGAAAAGUUGAGGGCUGAAAAUGAACUAGAACUGUUGAAGAUAAAUGAAGCAAAGGAUCAACUCAAGGUAAGCGAAGAAGAGAGGGCUGAAUAUCUUCGGUUGCAGUCAGAACUAAAAGAGGAAAUAGAGAAGUGCAGGCUUCAGGAAGAACUUCUUUUGAAGGAAACUGAGGAUUUAAAACAGCAGAAGGAGAGUUUUGAGAGAGAGUGGGAAGAGCUGGAUGAGAAAAGAGCUAAGGUAGGGGAAGAAUUGAUGAAAGUUAAUGAGCAGAAGGAAAAACUAGAUAAAGAGAGACAUUCUGAAGAAGAAAGGCUGAGAAAAGAAAAGCAGGUGGCUGAGGACUAUAUCAAAAGAGAGUUGGAAGCUCUUGAAAUUUCUAAGGAAUCAUUUAAAGCCUCCAUGGAGCAUGAGCGAUCUGUGAUAAUGGAGAAAGCGGAAAGUGAGAGAAUGCAACUACUUCGUGAUUUUGAGCUACGGAAAAGAGAACUUGAAACUGAUAUGCACAAUAGGGAAGAGGAGUUGGAAAAAGAUUUGCAACAGAAGGAGAAAUUAUUUGAGGAGGAAAAAGAGAGGGAACUAAGCAACAUUAACUAUUUGAGGGAUGUAGCUGGAAAGGAGAUGGAAGAAAUGAAACUAGAAAGGGUUAAAUUACAAAAAGAAAAGCAAGAAAAUGAGGCUCACAGAAAGCACUUUGAUGAAGAAAAAGUUGAAAUUAGGAAAGACAUUGACAUGCUGGUUGACCUAACUGAGACAUUGAAGAGGCAGCGGGAACAACUUGUGAAGGAGCGAGACCACUUCCUUACCUUUGUUGAGAAACACAAGAGUUGCAAGAACUGUGCUGAUAUAACUUCUGAAUACAGUUUUUCUGAUUUAGUCCAGGAAAUUGGGAGUGCAGAUGUCCCUCCUCUUCCAAGUUUGGCUAACGAUUAUGUCAAUGAAGGUGUUCAUGGAAAUCUUGUUGCUACGGAGAGGAAAAAUAAUGAGAACACUCCCAAUGUUGGUUCAGGAUCCCCUGUUUCUGCUGGAGCUAUGUCUUGGCUUCGUAAAUGCACUUCAAAGAUAUUAAAGUUUUCUCCAACUAAGAUGAUUGACCAUACUGCUGAGAAAGAGUUGACAGAGGAGGCACCUCCAUCUGAUGAGCACAUGACUAUAGAAGAACCAUCAAAUAGGUUAGGUUGCACUUCAAAUGAGCCAGAGCUAUCUUUUGCAAUUGGUAAUGAUUCUUGUAAUGUUCCGAUGGUCCAAUCUGAGACAAGCAUCAGGGAGGUUGAAGUUGGCCAGGAUAAGAUGGUUAAUGACCAGAGCAACAUCAAUGGUAAGGUAACAGAAGUUGCGGAAGAUAGCCAGCCUUCUGAUUUAAAUGGUCGACAGCCUCGGAAGAGAGUCAGGGCCAGAGUUAGUAGAACACGCACUGUGAAGGCAGUUGUGCAAGAUGCUAAGGCUUUACUUGGGGAAGGCUUUAACUUAGAUGAGACUGAGCAUCCAAAUGGGAAUGCUGAGAAUUCUGGCCAUGAGAUUUCUGAAAGCCGGGGUGAAUCCAGGCUUGCUGAUAAAGGAACAAGAAAUGCACGGAAGCGGAAUCGUGCUCCGGCAUCUCAUACUACAUUGAGUGAGCAUGAUGCUGAUGAUAGUGAAGGACAAUCUGGUAGUGUUGUCGCCGGUCAGAACAAGAAAAGGCGCCAAAAAGUUUCUGCAUCUGUGCAGGCUCCAGUUGUGACUCGAUAUAAUCUCCGGCGUCCCAAAACUGGAGCCACUGGUGCAACCGCUAAAACCUCAUCUGUACUAAACAAAGGAAGGGAGGAAGGGUCUGAAGCUGUUGGGGGUGCACAGGAGGAUGAAAUUUCGUAUUCCAGAGUUGCACCUUCUCCAUCUGUUGAAGUCGUUAGUGAGUACGGCAAAAGCGUGCAUCUAGAGAAGCGUGGCGAGGUGGACUCAUCAAAAAAGUUAAUUGAGAAUAUGGCAUUGAGUGAAGAGGUGAAUGGAACACCAGAGGGAGCGGGUGAUUAUGGUGACAUGAAUGAGUCCAAGAGUGAAUCUCAUAGAGAAGAUGGAGAAGUUGGGUUUGACAGCGAGGGGGAUGAUGAUGAGUAUGAACAUCCUGGCGAAGCCUCAAUAGGGAAGAAGCUUUGGACUUUCUUCACAACUUAAAGGUACUAUUGCUGACUUUAUGUACUGCACUGUACCCCAUUGGUGAUGGCAUAAACUUUGUUAGGUUUUGUGUUAGAGAGUUAUUUGAUGUGUAGUAGUUUGUAUUAACAAUUAAAACAAAUGUAGUAAUGGCCAGCCACGGAGGUCUGUAGUUGGAGACGGGGUUGGGAUUUAGAAGCCCUCUUUUACUACUUUUUAAAUUUUCUUUUGUUAGGAUUCGGAAUGUCUUUAGCGUAUUUAUUAUCAUUGGACUCGGCGUUUUCUGAGCAAAUUGUCUGUAUCAAAUUGUAUUUUUUCAGGAUGCCGGAAUGAUUGUUUGAUUA